CCGUAUCAGCUCUAACUUGACAGUUAUGUGAAGAUGGCGGCUCAGAGUCGCUCUCCGCCGCUACUUCUGCUCGUCUCCACACUGUGUCUCUGGAGCUCGGUAACCGUCCUGGGCCUGAAGGUGGCGAACUCCCCGGCCGAGCCGCCCAAACAAUCCGAUGUCAGAGCCGUCGACCAUCCGGAUAGGAAUGCACCUGUCGCCGCUGCCGCCGGGGCCUCUCAGCCGCGAAGGGCGAGCGGCUGGAAGCUGUCGGAGGAGGCGGCCUGCCGGGAGGACCUGACCCGCCUGUGCCCCAAGCAGACCUGGUCAAACAACCUGGCCGUUCUGGAGUGCCUUCAGGACCGCAGAGAGGAAAUUGAGCUCGCACCCGACUGCAAUCAUCUUCUGUGGAAUUACAAACUGAACCUGACGACUGAUCCAAAAUUUGAGUCUGUGGCCACGGAGGUCUGCCGGAGCACCAUCGCUGAGAUAAAGGAGUGUAACGAGGAGGAGCGAGGGCGGGGAUACCUGGUGUCCUGCCUGGUGGAUCACAGAGGCAACAUCAGCGAGUACCAGUGCAACCAGUACAUCACCAAGAUCACCAGCAUCAUCUUCAGCGACUACAGACUCAUCUGUGGCUUCAUGGAUAAAUGCAAAGAGGAUAUAAACAGCCUGCGCUGUGGGAGCAUCAACGUAGGACAAAAGGAUACGCACUCGCAGGGCGAGGUGAUCUCCUGCCUGGAGAGGGCGCUGGUGAGGCAGGCGGAGCUGCAGGAGCGAGUACAUCCGAUCAAAGAGGAGUGUCAGAAAGCGAUCCUCCGGGUGGCGGAGCUGUCGUCUGAUGACUUUCACCUCGACAGGCACCUUUACUUCGCCUGCCGAGACGACCGGGAGAGGUUCUGCCAGAACGUCCAGGCAGGAGAAGGGAAGGUCUACAAGUGUCUGUUCAACCAUAAGUUUGAGGAAGCCAUGUCCGAAAAGUGCAGAGACGCCCUGACGACCCGACAGAAGCUGAUCUCCCAGGAUUACAGAGUCAGCUACUCUUUGGCGAAAGCCUGCAAGCUGGACCUGAGGAAGCAGCGCUGCAGCCUGGACAGCAGCCUGCCGCGCGCCCGCGAGGCGCGGCUGUCCUACCUGCUGCUGUGCCUGGAGGCUGCCGUGCACCGAGGCCGUCCGGUGAGUGGUGAGUGUCAGGGGGAGAUGCUGGACUUCCGGCGGAUGCUGAUGGAGGAUUUCUCCUUGAGCCCGGAGAUCGUCCUUCACUGCCGGACGGAGAUCGAGGCCCAGUGCUCCGGUUUGCACCGUAAGGGCCGGACGCUGCACUGCUUGAUGCGACUCGGCCGAGGCGACCGCAGCAGCGCCGUCGACAGCGUCUGCCAGAGCGCACUGCAAACUCUGAUUCAGUCUGCGGAUCCUGGAGCCGAUUACCGGAUCGACAGAGCGCUGAACGAGGCCUGUGAAUCCGUCAUCCAGACCGCCUGCAAACACAUCCGCAGCGGAGACCCAAUGAUCCUCUCCUGCCUGAUGGAGCAUCUGUACACAGAGAAGAUGGUGGGCGACUGUGAGCAUCGCCUGCUGGAGCUGCAGUAUUUCAUAUCCAGAGACUGGAAAUUGGACCCGAUCCUGUACAGGAAGUGUCAGGGCGACGCGGCCCGACUGUGCCACACCCUCGGCUGGAACGAGACGAGCGAGCUGAUGCCGCCAGGCGCCGUUUUCUCCUGCCUGUACCGCCACGCUUACCGCACAGAGGAGCAGGGUCGCCGGGUGAGACCAAAUAUGCAGUUGUCUCGGGACUGUAAAGUGGAGGUUCAGAGGAUUCUCCACCAGAGGGCGCUGGACGUGAAGCUGGACCCAGAGCUGCAGAAGCGCUGCAUGACCGACCUGGGCAAGUGGUGCAGCGACAAGACGGACACGGGACAGGAGCUGGAGUGUCUGCAGGAGCAUUUGGAGGACCUGGUGUCCAGCUGCAGGGAGGUUGUCGGCAACCUGACGGAGCUGGAGUCAGAGGACAUCCAGAUCGACGCCCUGCUGAUCAGAGCCUGUGAGCCCGUCAUCCAGGCCCACUGCCAUGACGUAGCUGAUAACCAGAUCGAUACAGGAGAUCUGAUGGAGUGUUUGGUCCAGAAUAAACACCAGAAAGAGAUGAACGAAAAGUGUGCAGUCGGCGUCACACACUUCCAGCUGAUUCAAAUGAAGGAUUUCCGUUUCUCUUACAAGUUCAAGAUGGCCUGCAAGGAGGACGUUCUGCGCUUGUGUCCCAAUAUUAAAAAGAAGGUGGACGUUGUAAUUUGUCUCAGCACCACAGUGAGGAACGACACGCUGCAGGAGGUCAGAGAGCAGCGAGUGUCUCUGAAAUGUCGCAAGCAGCUGCGGGUGGAGGAGUUGGAGAUGUCUGAAGACAUUCGGCUGGAACCGGAGCUGUACGAACCCUGCAAGUCCGACAUCAGCCGCCUGUGUCCCAACGUGGCGUUCGGGAACGCUCAGAUGAUCGAGUGUCUGAAGGAGCAGAAGAAGCAGCUGAGUCAGCGCUGCCACCAGAGGAUCUUCAAGCUGCAGGAGGUGGAGAUGAGCGACCCGGAGCUCGACUACCAGCUCAUGAGAGUCUGCAAGCAGAUGAUCAAGCGUUUCUGCACUGAAGCGGAUGCCAGGAACGUCCUGCAGUGCCUGAAGCAGAACAAGAACAGCGAGCUGAUGGAUCCCAAGUGUAAGCAGAUGAUCACUAAGAGGCAGAUCACCCAGAACACUGACUACAGACUGAACCCGGUGCUGAGGAAAGCCUGCCGAGCCGACAUCCCCAAGUUCUGCCAGUCCAUCCUGAACAAAGCCAGCGAGGACAGCGAGCUGGAGGGUCAGAUCAUCGCCUGCCUCAAACUCAAAUACGCCGACCAGAGGUUGUCUCCAGAUUGUGAAGACCAGAUCAGGGUGAUUCUCCAGGAGUCGGCGCUUGACUACAGAUUGGACCCACAGCUGCAGAUGCACUGCUCUGAUGAGAUCUCCAGAUUGUGCGCAGAGGAGGCGGCUGCUCAGGAGCAAACCGGGCAGGUGGAGGAAUGUCUGAAAGGAAACCUGCUGAAGAUCAAACAGGAAGCCUGCAAAAAGGAGGUGCUGAACAUGCUGAAGGAGAGCAAGGCGGACAUAUUUGUUGACCCGGUUCUCCACACGGCCUGCGCCCUGGACCUCAAACACCACUGCGCCGCCAUCACACCGGGCAGGGGGCGACAGAUGUCGUGUCUGAUGGAGGCGCUGCAGGAUAAGAGGAUCCGACUGCAGCCCGAGUGCAAGAAGAGACUUCAAGACCGCAUCGACAUGUGGAGCUACGCCGCCAAGGUGGCGCCAGCUGAGGGCUUCUCGGACCUGGCCGUGCAGGUGAUGACGUCGCCCUCUAAGAACUACAUCCUGCUGGUGAUGGCGCUGAGCGUGUGCGUCCUGUUCCUGGUGGGGCUGCUGUGCGGCCGCAUCACCAAGCGAGUGACCCGGGAGCUGAAGGACCGGUAGAACCGACUACUCUUCCUCUUCCUCCGUCUCCCUCAGCCACCGCUAACAGUGCCAACGCCACUUCCCAACCUGCUCUCCUCUGUAGAAAACCAAAUGCUUGCGCCUCCGUUUGGACUUCUCUGAACGCCUGGUGUGGUUUUGGAGACGAAGCCGCUCCGUUUAUUUAAACUCCUCCAUGAACGCUGUUGCCGUGACGACGGACUGCUGCUGGGCUGUUUCCGGACGGUUCUGGCCCAGUGACGAUUUAUUUUGGUACUUUUAUCGCAGCUGCUGUGUAAUUCGCGUUUGUUUGAAGCAAAUCUCAUCGGUUCAGAAUCAGAAACUCCGAGCCGGUCGUCAUGAACAUCGCUCCAUUUAAUUUAAUACGAACAUUAACUUCACUCCA